CAAGCUGUCAGAAUGUCAACAAUCUUACAUCAAGGGGAAAACUCACCGAUUUAUAUAAUUCUUAUUGUGGUUGAAUCUUCUCUCCUCUCCGCGUUUUCAAUCUCUUCCCGAACAAGACGAUGCAUUUCCAUACAUAAAUCUGAAACCCAUAUAUGCAGAUCAAUCUCCGCGCGCACAUAUAAUCCAGAUCGACCAUCGUUCCCAAUUCUCCGAAUUCAGGGUCUAGGGCUUUUUACAAGUCUUCAUCGGAUUGGUCGCGGUCCUUUUCAGGCUCGGACGUUCAUUAGAAUUUUUGAGGAGUCACAAUCACUGAUAUGCAGAACCAACUAGUGUGCAGUGGGUGUAGGAACAUUCUUCUUUAUCCUAGAAGUGCUACAAGUGUCUGCUGUGCAUUGUGUAAUGCAAUAACUCCAGUCCCCCCUCCUGGAAUGGAAAUGGCGCAGCUUAUAUGUGGAGGUUGUCGUACAUUGCUUAUGUAUACGCGUGGGGCUACAAGUGUGAGAUGCUCCUGUUGCCAAACAGUGAACCUUGCUCCAGAUCAGUUCGGUCGUGUCAAUUGUGGGAAUUGUCAUACUAUGCUGAUGUACCCAUAUGGAGCUCCAUCAGUCAAAUGUGCAAUUUGUCACUACAUUACACCUGUUAAUACGAGGGUUCCCAUCCCUGUGCACAGGCCAAAUGGGGCGACCGUGCCCUCCACUUCAACAGCAAUGCCUCAUUCUCAGAGCCAAACUGUUGUUGUCGAGAAUCCUAUGUCGGUUGAUGAAAGUGGCAAAUUGGUGAGCAAUGUUGUUGUUGGAGUGACUACAGAGAAGAAGUGAUCCGACUAAGUUCACAUUUGCCUUGUGGAAUACCAAUCCGUAGAUAUUAGUUCAAGAUUAUUGUGUCCUUCAGGAGUGAAAAUGGAUAUGGAGAUACAUUGUGCAUAUAAGAGUGAAAUUGGCAUUACAACAAUGCAGAUAAGUGGGGGUCUUAAAGAAAUCGAACUGAUUGAUUUGUAUUGAGAGGACAAGAAUGGGAAAUAGAUGACAUUUGUGGCGUUUGUGUGAUGUUAUAUCGGAUAAUUGUUUGCAGUAUAUGUGUUUCUAGUUGUACUCGUGAAGUCUUUGGCAAUUAGAUGAUGAUUUUGGAGAUGA